AUGGGCUCAUUAGGCCCCUACGCUACCGCACAUCUCAAUCCCCAAGGCGCCGGAGAUGCACGACCAACCGCCCUUCAGAUUAUCCAAGAUGAGGGUGUUGAAGGCAAACUGGCCGGCAAGGUUAUUGUUAUCACUGGAGCCACGUCAGGCAUUGGUGUCGAGACUGCUCGUGCCUUAUCGGCAACCGGGGCUAUUCUGCUCCUCACAGCCCGCAACCGAUCUAAGGCCGAGAAGAACCUCGCCGGGAUUCUGGAACCCGGCCGAGUCUCGCUGAUCGACAUGGACCUAGAAUCAUUUGCGAGUAUUCGGGCCGGAGCCGAAAAAGUCCUCACCGCAUCCAAGGGCCAGGUCAACCUUCUUAUCAACGGCGCGGGUGUCAUGGGCCUCCAGAACCACACGCUUACCGAAGAUGGCAUUGAGGCACAAUUCGCUGGCAACUAUUUAGGAUUCUUCGUCCUCUUCCAGCGUCUAAAGAAAGCUUUGUUAGCCAGUGUGACCCCAGAGCUGAAUUCGCGAGUCGUGGUCGUGGCUUCAUCUGCCCACCGAGCUGCCACCCUCCCAGCUAGCGACAACUACAACUUCGAAAAGGGCGGAUAUACCCCUGAAAUUGCAUACAACAACGCUAAGCUAGCAGCGGUAUAUCUGGCCAACACCAUCGAGCGGGUAUAUGGUGCCCAGGGACUACAUGCUACCAGUCUCCACCCCGGCGCGAUCAAAACUGAUAUAUCCCGCAACAUGCCUCCGGAGUUCUUAGAAGCUCUCAUGACCAACCCCUACGUCCUGAAGAUCUUGAAGUCUUCCGAGCAGGGGGCGGCUACGACGGUGUGGGCGGCUGUGGGUAAGGAGUGCGAGGGAAAGGGUGGCAAGUAUAUCGAGGACUGCAAGGAAGCGGAUCGUGGUCAGGACGAUGGCCAAACUUUUGGUACUGGAUGGGUGAAACAGACAUAUAAUCCUCUGGAAGAGGAUCGUCUCUGGAAGGAUUCCCUUAAGAUGGUUGGACUGGAGAGUGAAGCUUGA